UGAAAUGCUGGCAGCAGGCAGCAAGAUGGACAACUAUUAGCCUGGGUCCUUCAAAGGUCUUUUGAGUGCAUGUGGCGCGAUAUGGGAAACUGAGUGGAAAAUAGUUUGACAGCAGGAGAGCCAAAGAGAUUAUAAUCACCGUGAGGCUCCAUUUAUCCAAACAACAUGUUUUCUACUGAUCAAAGUUGUUGGUUUAUCCGCAAGGUGAUUUGCUGGAGAGCUGCGGCCAGUAUUGCUUGGGCUGUCCUGCUGUUGCCACCCAUCACAUCCGUUUUUGUAAUUCUCAGCAGGUUCAGCCUUCUCCACCCCAUCCACACGUUAUCAGAAUGCUUGUCUUUGCUAACAAGUGCGAGUGCCAUCUUCUCCUUCAUCCUCCUGUGUGGCGCGAUCCUCAUGGUGGGGUUUCUGAACCUGGAGUAUUAUACAGUCAUCCCAACUAUCGCAUGCUCGAAAAUCGCCCUGUUGGGUCAGCUGCUCCACCCUCGUCAGUUUGUCAACUCCCUGGUCCACUGUAUCAUGGGAAUGAUUGUGGCUUGGUGUUGUGCCGUCACCAUCGGGGGCAGAUAUGAGACGCUUGGCUACCAGUGCACACAGAGCGAUGGUUCCCCUCAGAUGUGUCUGAAUGAGUAUCACCUCAUCUUUCUGCUGGCCGGAGCCUUUGUUGGAUUUUCCCACAGUCUAUUGGGGGUGAUCCACAACAUGAACUAUGUCUCCUUCCACACUGUUCAGCAAUACAAAUACCUUCGCUUCAAGGGAUCUCUGCCUUUGGUCUUGAAGUGCAGCGCCACUCAAGCACUUUACUCUAUCAGGAACUACAUUGUUGUGUAUUUCUUUUUGGGAUACAUUCCAAGAGCAUGGAUCUGCAAAACACUGAAUCUUCAUUUGAACAGCUCUGUCCAGCCUCUUGACAGCAUAACUGGACUGCUGGACCUCUCCCUGCUCUACCAUCUGUGGAUCAGUGCAAGCUUCCUCCUCUUUACAUGGUACAUCACACUGCUGCUCUUCAGGAUCUUUGUUACUGAGGUGUACAGUUUUCCUGUGCAGCCAUCUUUCACUGAAGAUGACCACCACUGUCUAUCCAAAGUUCUUGCAAACAAGCAGCCAAUGAUAUUAAAGUUCCUAGCUCUGCAGGACUUGGCUCUGCUGUCUCAACACUCCCCAUCACGACGCUUUGAGGUCUUCAGUCUGAGUCAGCCAGGUGGCCACGCUCAUAACUGGAACGCCAUCAGUAGAGAGUGUCUGUCUCUGCUGGCCGAUCUGACCCAGAGACUUGUGGCCUAUCAUGACACUGUCGCAACCAAUGGCAGGGCCAAAUCCCUGUCUACUGGGAGUGAAAGGAAGACUUCAUCUGAAGCGUCAGUAACCUCAGGCACAGAAGAUUUGAUGUCCCCGAGGCCCCCUCUGCUGAUGAAAACUCCAGCUUCAGUCUUAGCUCGCUCCAUUGCUGGAGGCCCUCAGAGCCCUCUGACGGCACCGUUCACCCCCGACCUGGACAGCCCCUUCGCUUCUCCGGCCCUGCGGCGCCUCACUGCUUCAGCAGAACAAUGCUCACCGUGGUACGGCACGGUGCAGAGCCCGCACAUCAUGAGGAGAGCGCCAAAACUCUGGUCCACCUCAACAGAUUCACAGGUCAAUGGCAGUCCCCACCCAUCCCCUGCCUCAGUUCCCAGUCCCAAGCAGGAACCCUCCAAACCAGGUCUCCUUGCUCAGUUCCUCCAGAACAGAAAAGAACAGGUUAAAAAUUUCUUGGCAAAGCGGGUGCUGAUAAUGUAUUUGUUUAACAAGCUUCCAGAAGCCUCCAGUCAGGCUCUCUUUGCUGACAGCCAGGCUCAUAUCUGGGCUUUAGAAGGACUCUCUUAUCUUGUUCAAGCCUCCUACUCAGAAGACCAGUUUGGGGUCGUCCAGACUACAUUACCCAGCAUUCUCAGCUGCAUGCUGGUCUUACAAGAGGCUGUGGAUCGCCACUUCAAGCUGCCCCAUGCCUCGAGUAAGCCCGUCAGGUCGACCAGCAGCAUGGGAGACUCUUCUUACAAAACGCUGCGCUUUGCUCUCAGGGCCACACUCAAGACUGCUAUCUACAGGAUAUCCACUACUUUCGGCCAUCACUUAAAUGCUGUUCAGAUGUCUGCAGAGCAUUGGAAAAGACUGCAGCAGUUUCUGGAGUACAAGGAAUAACAUCCCUGACACUUGGCUGUGUGUGUGUGUGUGGACACAUCAGCUUAAGUGAGACAACAAGUGAAAGCCCCAUGAUAGUGCCUCUUUUAACAUUUAUGUCUGCACCAUGUCUUGGGGGAUUGUAUUUGAUUGGCAAGAUCACAUCUCCUACAUGCAUGAGGGAGGGGGAGCAGGACUCCAGCUGACGGACUGCACCAAGUUGGCAGGGGUCCUAAAAGACUGUCACCUCCUUUUUGUUUGGGUGAUUUAAACCAGCUGACUGCAUGGAUUAGCAACUCAUCCCAAAAGAUGUUUCUUUCAUUUGUGUCAAAAAAUAAUAUCACAAUAUUAUAUUUUAUUUUUGUUGAUUGGGAUGAGUUGUGAAGGGCUGUUUGUCCUGCAUUAUGUACAAACUGUUGUGGUUUCAUACUCCAUCUGCUGUCCACUCAAAUUAUAUCCUUGUGAUUUCAAAACAUUUUGUGUCAUGUUAGAUGAGCGAAAGAAAUGAUGCAAAUGGUUGAAGUAGCCAGCAGGGAUGUACUAUGUGUUAUGAGAUCUCCUCAGUUCAAGGGUGUCUGAUAUAUGUUCUGAAAAUGUGUUUUCUCGGAUCUGGUUUUGUUCUAGACACCACCCCAGAGAACUGGUUCAGAGCUAUGUACAUCAGUCCAUGUUCUCUGACUAAGAAAACACACCAUAAUUAGAUUUACAAAUCAGACGAUUGUAUAUGUAAACUGUUUUUUUUUCAGUUGUUUGUGUGAAAUAAGGCUGUAAUUUAUGUCAGAUCAAGAUUGGUAUUUUGUGUGACUGGUUACAGUUGUGGCUAAAUGCUUUGUCAACGCAAACAUGAGUUUGAGUUUUCACUCAGAGACCCGUUGAAUAAAAACAUGAUAUAAAGAUCA